AUGUGCGAACAGCAUCACACCGGAUCACCGUCGUCAUUGCCCGGGAUCGACUUCACGAGGCGCCCGAAGCAUGUAGAGCAGCGAACGACUAUCAAUCCAUCACCACCACCAUCACUUGCAAAGGGAGGUACAUACAUAAUCUGGCCUAUGGGCAAUGAUGGGCAUGUUACCGAGCUUUUUUUCCUUUCCCCCAGAUCGACCCGUCGAGGGGUGGAGAAGGACGAACGGUUGACUGUCAAAUCAUCCUUUAUGGAUAUUAACCUUGCCACAAAGGAAGACCAGAAUGACCAGGGCUACGAGGAUACAGACGGAUUCUGCUUGCUGUUAGCCUUUCUGGAAUGUGUUCGGGGCAUGGCAGUGGAAGAGUGGUCCAUCCUUGCCAUCUUUAUGCACUGCCGUAACUGCCAGGGCGGCUGCAGAGAAGGGAGGAAAGGCAUGGCAUGCAACUACUGUUCCGUGCCAAACUUGUCCGCUGCUUGA